AGCACAAACAGGAAGAGCGCCGCGGAUAACAGAGUGCGAGAAUCAGCGAUAAAACACCGAGAAACACACCAAAACACACCGAGAAAGUGGCUCAGAGACCGGACUGACCCACGGACGGACCCACGGACUGACCCACGGACGGACGGCAGCUUAGGCGGGAGCAGAUUGGCAGUGAACAUGAGCCGUCCCCGCGCAGACUCGCAGGGCUCCCAGGGCUCCCAAGUGCCCAAUGAUGAGGAAAUGCCCUACAGCGACGAUGAGACGGACGAUGAGCUCGAGCCCCCAUCAGACGAAGCUCUAGCAGAACCACCAGGAGGAGAGCACCAAGCUGUGGAAGCCAGACCCAGCGAGAUGGGCUGGAAAGUGAAGGCCAAUGAUAGAGCGUACCAUCAGCUCCCAGAAUUCCAAAAGAAAGUCUUCCUCUGCAUCAAGAAGAGCAGAUACUCUGGGAAUGCCAUUAAGACCUAUAAGUACAAUGUGCUGACGUUCAUCCCCCUGAACUUGUACGAGCAGUUCAAGAGAGCGGCUAACCUGUACUUCCUUGCUCUGCUCAUCCUGCAGAUCAUCCCGUCCAUCACCACACUGCCCUGGUACACCACUCUCAUCCCCCUGGUGGUCGUGCUGGGAAUCACCGCCAUCAAAGACCUGGUGGAUGACCUGGCACGACACAGGAUGGACAAGGAGAUCAACAACAGGAAGACAGAGGUUCUGCUGGACGGCAGGUUUCAGACAUCCAAGUGGAGGAAUAUCCAAGUGGGAGAUGUGGUUCGACUCAAGAAAAAUGACUUCAUUCCAGCUGACAUCCUGCUGCUGUCGUCAUCCAACCCUAACAGUCUGUGUUAUGUGGAAACAGCAGAACUGGACGGGGAAACCAACCUAAAGUUUAAAAUGGGCCUCAGAGUGACCGAUGAGCGACUCCAGGAGGAGCAGCAGCUGGCUGACUUUGAUGCUCUGAUUGAGUGUGAGGAGCCCAAUAAUCGUCUGGAUAAAUUCACGGGAACCAUGCUGUGGCAGCGAGAGCGCUACCCUCUGGACCUGGACAACAUGCUUCUGAGAGGCUGCAAGAUCCGAAACACCGAGUUCUGCCAUGGACUGGUCAUCUUCGCAGGAGCGGACACCAAAAUAAUGAGGAAUGGAGGGAAGACCAGGUUCAAGCGCACAAAGAUCGACGAGCUGAUGAACUACAUGGUGUACACGAUCUUUGCACUGCUCAUCCUGGUGGCUGCUGGACUAGCCAUCGGUCACACCUUUUGGUACGAAGAGAUUGGCAGCAAAGCCUGGUACCUGUAUGAUGGCACGGGCUACAGCGCGUCCCACCGGGGCUUCCUCAGCUUCUGGGGUUACAUUAUCGUGCUCAACACCAUGGUGCCUAUCUCCCUCUAUGUCAGUGUGGAGGUGAUUCGCUUGGGCCAAAGCAAAUUCAUCAACUGGGAUUUACAAAUGUACUUUGCCGAGAAGGACACUCCUGCAAAGGCUCGCACCACGACUCUGAACGAACAGUUGGGCCAGAUCGAGUACAUCUUCUCAGACAAAACAGGCACUCUAACCCAGAACAUCAUGCAGUUCAAGAAGUGCACCAUAGCGGGGCGUAGUUAUGGUAACCCGACCACUGCUGAAGGCGUAUCACUGGAUAAAGGGAGGCCAGUGGACUGGAGUUGGAAUCGUUAUGCAGACAAAAAGUUUGAGUUCAUGGACCAUUCUCUUGUGGCUACGGUGCGAUCUGGAAAAGACAAAGAUGCCAUGGAGUUCUUUAAGUUGCUGUCACUGUGCCACACGGUCAUGGUGGAUGAGGAAAUGGUGUACCAGGCUGCCUCUCCAGAUGAGGGCGCUUUGGUGACCGCUGCCCGGAACUUUGGCUUUGUGUUCAUGUCCAGAACCCAGGACUCCAUCACCAUCCGAGAGGGCGAGCAAGAGAGUACCUAUGAGAUGUUGGCCUUGCUCGACUUCAACUCAGAUCGCAAACGCAUGUCCAUCAUCUUACGCUUCCCUGAUGGCCGUAUCCGUCUGUACUGUAAAGGAGCUGACACUGUCAUCUACGAGCGCCUGUCCCCAGACUCCAGGCACAAGGAGACCACCCAGACUGCACUGGACACCUUUGCUAAUGAGACGCUGCGCACACUGUGUCUGUGCUACAAAGACAUCAGCUCAGAGGAGUACGAGUCAUGGGCACGCCGCCACAAGGAGGCGCAGGUGGUGCUGGCUGACAGGGAAGGCGCGCUGGACCGUGUAUACGAGGAGAUCGAGAAGAACCUCAUGCUGAUUGGAGCCACAGCCAUUGAGGACAAACUUCAAGACGGAGUUCCAGAGACAAUUGCUAAACUGGCUAAAGCUGACAUCAAGAUCUGGGUGCUCACUGGAGACAAGAAAGAAACCGCUGAGAACAUUGGAUACUCCUGCUCCCUGCUGACCGAUGACAUGCAGAUACACUAUGGAGAAGAUGUCAAUGAGAAGCUGCGAGUACGCCAGAGCACCAGGAGGACUGAGCCCCCGAGCCGUCGCCCCAGGAAAAGGAAGCCCUCAGAACCCUUCUUCACUGAACCAGGAAAGAAUGCUCUGAUCAUCACCGGAGGUUGGCUGAACGAAAUUCUCUAUGAGAAGAAGAAGAAACGCAGGCGUCUGCGUCUUCGGCGUCUGGGUAGACGACCCCCUCCCUCCAGCCCUCAGGAUGGACAGCCCAUGAACGACUGGGAGAAGGAGCAAAGACAGAUCGACUUUGUGGACAUGGCGUGUGAGUGUGAGGCCGUCAUCUGCUGUCGUGUCACUCCAAAGCAAAAGGCCAAUGUAGUCAGUCUGGUGAAGAAGUACAAGAAGGCCGUGACCCUGUCCAUCGGAGAUGGAGCCAAUGAUGUCAACAUGAUUAAAACGGCAGACAUUGGCGUGGGCAUUAGCGGGCAGGAGGGCAUGCAGGCUGUCAUGUCCAGUGACUAUGCAUUUGCCCAGUUCCGCUACCUGCAGCGUCUCCUGCUGGUGCACGGCCGCUGGUCCUACAUCCGCAUGUGCAAGUUCCUGCGCUUCUUCUUCUUCAAGAACUUUGCCUUCACCUUGGUCCACUUCUGGUACUCCUUCUUCAGCGGCUACUCCUCCCAAGUGGCAUAUGAAGACUGGUUCAUCACUCUGUAUAACCUUUGCUACAGUAGUUUACCUGUGCUGCUGGUGGGCCUUCUGGACCAGGAUGUUAACGAUAAGUUAAGUCUGCGUUUUCCCAAACUAUACCUGCCCGGCCAGCAAGGCUCGCUCUUCAACUACAAGAACUUCUUCGUCAGUCUGUUCCAUGGCAUCUUUGUGUCUCUGCUUAUUUUUUUCAUCCCCUACGGAGCCUUUCUACAGACCAUGGGCCAGGACGGGGAGGCUCCCUCGGACUACCAGUCCUUCGCUGUGGUCACUGCAUCCUCCCUCAUCUUCAUCGUCAAUCUACAGAUUUCUCUGGAUACUUCCUAUUGGACAUUUGUCAACUGUUUUGCCGUGUUGGGCAGCAUUGCCAUCUACUUUGGGAUCAUGUUUGACAUCCACAGUGCUGGCAUCCAUGUCAUCUUCCCCGCUUUCUUCACCUUUACCGGAGCGGCAUCCAACGCGCUGCGACAGCCCUACCUGUGGCUCACCAUCAUCCUCACCGUGGGCAUGAGCUUGCUGCCCGUCAUCUGCAUCCAGUUUCUCUACAAGACCAUCUGGCCCUCAGUUGGGGACAAGGUCCAGAAGAACAGGAAGAAGUAUGAGCAGGAGCUAGAGCGCGAGGAGCGAGAGAAGGCACCGGUGUUCCAAAGAGGCCGACGUUCCCGCAGAUCAGCCUAUGCCUUUUCCCACUCCCGCGGAUACGCAGACCUCAUCUCUUCUGGACGCAGCAUCCGGAGGAAACCCACUGGUAGAGGCACCACCCUGCAGCAUAGCAUUCGCGAGGUGCCCCACGCAGAGAACAUCUGAGCCCCAGCCUCCAGGCCACAAACCCAGACACUGCACGGGGGCUGGGGGCUGGGGCCAGUGGGACUGUUACUUCUUUAAAUGUGGUUUGCAUAAACAUUCUAAUCCUGGACAGGGUCAGAUUGGAAAGCCCCUUUUAAAUAUUGUGCAAUGCUAAAACAUGAAUUUGCACCAAAAAUAUAAGCUAUGUACAUCCAUAGCAAUGUUUUCAAAGGACACAUUUUACUACAAGUGUCCUUGUUGAAUUAAAGAUGACACCAUUUGUCAUAUUAUAAUAGUUCAAUUUUAGAAGUUUGGAUUUUUCAUGAGAGUAGCGAUCAUCCUGUGAAAGGCCAGGUCCUAGAAUCACUAGGGAUCUUUUGUAGGAUUGUGGUACAUGGACUUUCCCACAAUGCCAACUAUGUCCACCCCAGUUCUCCCCUGAAGAUCAUGGCUAAAACUCCUCCCCUCCAUCCCUCCCCUUUGAAGACCACAGGCUGACCCAGGCCACCUGGCUCUGCAGAUGAAGCUCUGCAGCUGGAGCAUAGCCAUUUCUCAGGAUCCCUGAGCAAAGUGAUUGCUGUAGUUCCCUGAAGAUGGAGGUGAAAGAUCCUGAUGUUUUGAUACAGUCUCAUGACUCUCAUGUGUUUGAACAUGACAGGACUUCCUCAGACGGGACCAGAGUCCACUCUGCUGCUCUCACUACACUUAGGAAAACUUAAGUGCCCUUUCCUAGUUUAUCAUUAUUGUGAAAAGCAAUUUUGUGUGCAAUAAAUGAUGUGUUGUUUCUGAUAUGUCUGUAUAGACAGGUGUUUUAACAUGUAUUUAAUCUGCUAUUAAAUGUCUUCCAUAAAUCAUGUGUGCGUUACAAGGCACAGGGGCUUUUAAAGUUGUACUGUAUGUUUUUCACUUGAUAUUCAACCCAAAGACUGUUACUGAAUGCUUUUAUGAAUGGGGAUAUAUAUUUUAUUAUCUGCUUGUUAAUAAAACAUAUCUUACAAAUGCA